CCCACCUUCCUCCCCUCCCUCCCCCCUCGUUCUUAGCUAAGUAAGACUCGUUGCGACAAGGCGGUCGGGAGCCGCGACGACCGCCCAGCAUGACGACCUUCCUAGAGAAUGCCUACAGCUUGGUCCACCAGGACAAUGCUGCGGACGUCCCUAGCAUGUCCGACCUGCGCAUCCAGCUGGAGAAGGGCACAGACGAAACCAAGGUGGACACUAUGAAGCGCAUCUUGACCAUCAUGCUCAACGGCGAUCCCAUGCCCCAGCUGCUCAUGCACAUCAUCCGAUUCGUCAUGCCCUCGAAAUAUAAGCCACUCAAGAAGCUCCUGUACUUCUACUACGAGAUCUGCCCCAAGCACGACACGAAUGGCAAGCUAAAGCAAGAGAUGAUCCUGGUCUGCAAUGGCAUCAGAAACGAUCUCCAACAUCCCAACGAAUACAUACGAGGCAAUACGCUGCGCUUCCUGUGCAAGCUACGAGAAGCCGAGUUGAUCGAGCCCCUUCUGUCUUCUGCGCGCUCGUGUCUCGAGCACCGCCACGCCUACGUUAGGAAGAAUGCCGUCUUCGCCAUCUCUUCCAUACAUUUACAUUCGCCGUCCCUCAUUCCGGACGCUUCCGACCUGAUCGCCACCUUCCUAGAGGGAGAAAGUGACGCAACCUGCAAGCGCAACGCAUUCGCUGCUCUGGCUAGCAUCGACCACGAGAAGGCUCUAGCUUACCUGAGCUCCGUUUUCGACGGCAUCCCCAAUGCGGAGGAAUUGUUGCAACUGGUGGAGCUGGAAUUCAUCCGAAAAGAUGCCGUUCAGAACUCACAGCACAAGGCGCGAUAUUUGCGACUCAUUUUCGACCUCCUUGAGGCUGGCGCUUCCACGGUUGUGUACGAAGCUGCCUCUUCCCUAACCGCAUUAACGACCAAUCCCGUUGCGGUAAAGGCGGCCGCCGGCAAGUUUAUUGAGCUCAGCAUUAAGGAGGCUGAUAACAACGUCAAGCUCAUCGUUCUUGACCGUGUCGACCAGCUACGACAGAAGAACGAGGGCGUCCUAGACGACCUUGUGAUGGAGAUCUUACGUGUGCUUUCUAGUCCAGAUAUUGACGUUCGACGAAAAGCUCUUACCAUUGCGCUCGAGAUGGUGUCGAGCAAAAAUGUGGAAGAGGUUAUCUUAUUACUUAAAAAGGAGCUUUCCAAGACCGUCGAUCAGGAGUAUGAGAAGAACGCCGAGUACCGCCAAUUGCUUAUCCACUCCAUCCACCAGUGCGCCAUCAAGUUCUCAGAAGUAGCGGCGAGCGUUGUGGAUCUCCUGAUGGACUUCAUUGCCGACUUCAGCAAUUCUUCUGCCGUUGACGUCAUUGCGUUCGUAAAAGAGGUGGUCGAGAAGUUCCCCAAGCUGCGGCCGUCCAUCGUUUCGCGACUAGUUGAUACCCUUAGCGAGGUAAGGGCCGGAAAAGUCUACCGUGGCAUCAUCUGGACCAUCGGCGAGUACUCUCUCGAAGAGAAGGACAUCCGAGACGCGUGGAAGAGGAUACGCGCAAGUCUAGGCGAGAUUCCCAUCCUCGCCUCUGAACAGCGAUUGCUAGACAACGUCGACGGCGAAGAGGAUAAAGAAAAGGAGCACAUCAAUGGCCAUUCCAAGCCCGCGGCACCCUCCGGUUCGAGAAGGGUUCUCGCCGACGGCACCUACGCAACAGAGACGGCUCUGACCAGCAGCUCCGCCGCCGCCGCUAAGCUCGAGGCUGUCAAAGCUGCCCAGAAGCCCCCGUUGCGACAAUUGAUCCUCGAAGGCGACUACUACUUAGCCGCCGUCCUCUCAGCCACCCUUACAAAGCUCGUUAUGCGCCAUUCCGAGAUCUCUCCGGACAAGGCCCGGACAAAUGCCCUCAAGGCCGAGGCCAUGCUGAUCAUGAUUUCCAUCAUCCGCGUUGGCCAGUCCCAGUUCGUCAAGGCUCCCAUCGACGAGGACUCGGUUGAUAGAAUAAUGUCUUGUGUGCGGUCGCUGGCUGAGUUUUCUGAUAGAAAAGAGCUCGAGACUGUCUUCCUGGACGAUACGCGGCAAGCGUUCCGAGCUAUGGUCCAGGUAGAGGAGAAGAAGCGGGCGGCGAAGGUAGCCUUCGAAAAGGCGAAAGCUGCCAUUCAAGUGGACGAUGUCGUGCAAAUCCGGCAGCUCUCAAAGAAGAAUGCGGGAGAUGGCACCGACGAGAUCGAGCUCGACCUAGAGAAGGCGACGGGCGGUGAGGCCGUAGCCGAGGAUCUGUCGUCGAAGCUGAGCCGUGUCGUCCAGCUCACCGGCUUCUCCGACCCCGUGUACGCCGAGGCAUACGUCAAGGUGCACCAGUUCGACAUCGUCCUGGACGUUCUCCUCGUCAAUCAGACGACGGAAACGCUACAGAACCUCUCCGUCGAGUUCGCUACGCUCGGCGACCUCAAGGUUGUGGAGCGGCCCACGACGCAGAAUCUCGGCCCUCACGAUUUCCACAACGUGCAAUGCACGAUCAAGGUUUCGUCCACUGAUACGGGCGUCAUCUUCGGAAACGUCGUAUACGACGGCGCUCACAGCACGGACACCAACGUCGUCAUCCUCAACGAUCUACACGUUGACAUCAUGGACUACAUCCAACCGGCCACGUGCACGGAAACGCAGUUCCGCACGAUGUGGACCGAAUUCGAGUGGGAGAACAAGGUCAAUAUUAACAGUAAAGCCAAGACCCUACGCGAAUUCCUGGAGCAGCUGAUGGCCUGCACAAACAUGAACUGCUUGACACCGGAAGCGAGCAUGAAGGGCGACUGUCAGUUCCUAAGCGCUAACCUGUACGCCAAGAGCGUCUUUGGUGAGGAUGCGCUGGCCAACCUGAGCAUCGAGAAGGAGGGCGAGGAUGGGCCGAUUACUGGCUUCGUCCGUAUAAGAAGCAGGUCGCAGGGAUUGGCCCUAAGUCUAGGUUCGCUCAAGGGGCUUAAUAAGAUUGGGACAGCGGCUGCUUGAGGUCAUCCGAGCGAGUUCCGAUCGUCUUUCUGGGAGGGGUGACGAUGCGAGGCGGUACUAUGUAGUUACGACGGGAUGUCCGGGAAGGGGAUACGGGAAGGCGAGGGGAGAGGGGGAGAUGUAACAAGCCUGGGAUGCUGUGAUAUCUACGAUGUCGAUGUCCUACGAGUAAUUCUCGAGCUACGAGUGCGGAACAUACAUAAAAAGGAAAGAGAGAGACGGACGGACAGACGGAGAACAUGGUGCUACUGAUGUGGUCCCCUGGUGUGAUUUAGACAAUGUGCAGAUGAUUAACUCAACGAAAGUGCCAGUCAACUUGGCUCGACGCCCUGGUACCUGGUAACGAGAAGCGAGCCAAAUUAGUACGGGAGUUAGGUGCCUAGAAGACUUAACGAGGCGUAGGUGCGGUCAGAUUACAGCGAUGUCUUACAGGAACCAUAUUGACGCCUACAUUUGUUGAGGUAUAGAGGUUUUAUGUAGGCGAGGAGUCUUCGCGCG